AUGCAUGGCUCUCCGUUCCAUGUUAACAAAGUUGGCCAUAACACUACGUUUUCAAAAGGUUUUUUCUCAAGGACAUUUGAUACAUUGUUUUUUAUGAAGAAAGGAUCCAACUUAAACAUCUUUUCAUCUACAUUUUCCAAACUGAAAGCCCCAAUGGUGCUUGCUGUUGUUGAUAGCUAUUAUGAUGUCGAUAAACAAAUAGACAUUACUGAGCCGAGCCAAAUAACAAGUACUGGCAAUGGUUUACGCAUUGCCAACUGCAAAGCACAAAAACUAAAUAUUCAAUCAGGCCAUGCCCUUAUUUACUCAACAGGACCUCGUAUUUUCAUUUCAAAUUGCACCUUCACUAACAUCACCGGCACAAAUGCAUGUCUCUUCUACAUUUCCGGUGUCUCAGAUUUCCAGAUCAACAAUACAAAUAUCACUGGCUUUACCGGUGGAGUGGCAGGAAUCGGAUAUGCCAGCUCUUCUACAGUAAUUAUCAACAACACUAACAUUAAAAUACAUCCUGGACCAGUUGCUGAAUCAACAAAUACAACUGAAGAAUCUACUAACACUACCAACACUACUACCAACACUACCAACACUUUACAAGCAGUUUUGUUCUCGUUUGAUGCUACAAACUCAACAAUUGAGUUAAUGACCGUUACAAGCGUGGAAGAUUCGCAUAAAGGUAUACCUUACAUCAAAAUUGCAGAUUCAAUUGCUUCAAGUUUCGAAUCUGUUGAAUUUAAUGCAGCAGCAAAGACCGAUGCCUUAAUUACAUACACUAAUGCAAGCCAUGCAUCAAUAUUUGCCGUUGCUUUUGUUAAUGCUUCAAUUCCACUUUCUUUAUCUAACUAUUCUUCCAUGGCAAUUCGCAGAUCAUGCAUGACUAACACUAUCCCAAAUAUCUCUACAAAUGAUUCCAUCCUUGUCUACCAGAAUUUCACUAAUACUUCGAGUUGCAACCUCGAUUACAUCAAAAUCCCAACAUCUGUAGCUGAAGCCGAACUAACAAAGGCAGAGAAAAUAGCUGCUUGGGUAACAUUCGCUUUCUUCAUCCUCUUCUUCGUUGUUGUCUUCGGAAUCCUCAUUUCACUCAUUUUCUGCAAGGUCGGUAUGAGUGAGGAACUCAACUUCUCUGAGGAACAGCAGGAUGAGGAAGACUCGUUCGAAUCAUUCGCUGCUUAA